AUGGAAUCCUCCAUGGGCCAGCAUGGUGCCUUUCAGCCUGCCCCGCAGGCACAGGCGCAGAAUAAACCAGGGUUAGAGAGCAUAAUGACAAAGCCCAGCGAAUCAACGAAGCUCGAAGGCCUCAAUGAAUUCUUUGAGUACGUUGGUUCGGGUAAAUUGAAAGGCAAGAAGGCACUCAUUACCGGUGGAGACUCCGGGAUUGGACGAUCUGUGGCUGUCUUGAUGGCUAGAGAGGGUGCAGACGUGAGUAUCGUGUAUUUGCCAACAGAACAAUCAGAUGCAGAAACAACCAAGGCCUCAGUGGAAAAGGAACAGAGAUCUUGUCUUCUUAUUCCGGGGGAUCUACGUGAACGAACUAUAUGUCGCCAUGCGGUUGACGAACAUCUCAAGAGAUACGGCACGAUCAACAUACUUGUCAAUAACGCAUCGAAACAGUACAUGUGUGAAGUUUUUGAAAACAUCGAUCUGGACAAAACCGAAGACAUUUUCAGAACAAACAUCGUUCAAAUGAUUGCAAUGGCGAAGUUUGCUCUUCCCCAUAUGAAUCGAGGUGGCUCAAUCAUCAACACAUCAUCUCUCGUGGCUCUGCGUGGGUCCAGCACCAUGAUUGACUAUGCUGCCACAAAAGGAGCCAUUAUAAGUUUCACUAGAGCUUUGGCAUCUUACCUGAUCCCUAGGGGUAUCAGAGUAAAUGCAGUUGCACCUGGGGCAAUAUACACUCCAAUCCAAGUCGAUACCCGAGAUGCGCAACAAAUGGAAGGAUGGGGUCACAAGGUUGGCUUAGGUCGGCCGGGUGAACCGAGCGAGGUUGCAACAAGCUUCAUCUUCUUGGCUAGUGCAGAUGCCUCUCUGUACUAUGGGCAAAUUCUAUGUUGCUAUCCUCUAGGCGACUGA